AGUAGAGGAUCCAAAAUGGAGGAAUUUUUCGGGUUUAUUAAAUGUGUUGUGACUUUACUCUGGGUGAAAACUGCUCCAGAGGGGUUGGUUUGCAGGCAGUUAGGAGACGAUAUAAACAGGUUCGGGAAAUAAACUGUGGGGAAAUCUUGUCUCUUAGCAACUGGACAAAGUCAACAAUCUUGUUAACUUUUUUUUAUGAGCAAAAUUUUGUACAGUGGUGACCAACAUGUUUAGGAAAGUAAAAAGAAGUAAAGUUGACAGCAGUUCAGUAUCUGCCCAUCAAGUCAUCAAGCCCACAGAUUCCAAGUGGAGGAACAAACACCACUGCUGUCAACCUGAGAUUCAAAUAUAUGUCUUAAAACCCGUGUCACAGAGUUAAGGAAACAUUAUGAUUUAAUAUGCAGUUUGUUGCAUUAUGAGAAAUGUAGGCUCCAGUGUUUCUGAUCCUUAACCAGGGACUAAAAGUCUGGAUUUCUCAGCAUCUGGUGCUGUGAAGUUGAGCCAGGUAGUACGUAGUAUAAGUAGAAGAUAAAAUGAUGUACGUGACUCUGAGAAACAGUGUUGAAACUUUGUGAGGAGUUCUGUUAUCAGAUCGGGCUGUGAGUGAAUGUGCUGCUGCUGUUUGUUCAUGGUGGAGUCCUGCAGGUGGAGUUACACUCAGCUUUCAAUGCUUCACAUGUUUGAUUUUAUACAUCACAAACUUCCAGUUUGAGUUUCCACUGUCAGCUCUGACUGUAAAUCUAACCCCAAUAAAAAUAAUAAUAAUACUACUAAUAAUUGUCAUUAUUAUUGUUAUUAUUAUUAUCAUCACAGUGAAGUAUUGUUUGAUUUACAGUUUCAAAGUCAUGUUAACAAAACUAAUGUACUGAUACAUGAGAUGAUAAUACUGCCGUGUCUGCCAGAUGAAGAUAACUUGACUAACUGGACAUUUUUAACAACUUUUCAUCACAUCAAGUAAUCAGCAUCAUCACAGUAACGCUGCUUCUAUGACAAAUGACCACAGCUCCUGUUUCUAUAGAAACCAACACACCUUCAGUAGUAUUCAGUAAUAUUCAGUAGUAUUAGAGGCCAGACUGAAUCUGUUUCUCUUCUUCUGCCUCCAGAGCUCCUCUCUUCAUCCUUCUCAUCAUGCCUGCCACCCGUUCAACCCCAAAUUCAUCCAUCACAUCCUCCCUGCCCCUGACCACUCAACCCAUCACCAUCUUCUCCACCACCUCCACCUACACCAACACCACUGUCAACCCAGCCGCCGCUGUUGCCGCUCACUUCUUCAAUGACCUGUUGGACAAGAUCCCCUUACCUCGAUGGGCGAUUUACACCAUUUUUGUGAGCGGUGGUUUGCUGAUUCUGAUCUGCUGUCUGUGUAUCUGCAUCAAGUGCUGUUGCAAAGGCAAGAAGAAGAAGCGGCUGAAGAAGGAUGAGAGGAUUAUUCUGAAAGAAGUGAAUGGAAAAACCAGCAAAGCUCUGGUGCAACCAGAUGUAGUGGAUGUGGACUAUGGCUCGACCAAACAGGAGGAAAGAGGGAAGAUGCUCUACUCUCUGGACUACAACGCUGCACAGUCUGAGCUCACAGUGGGGAUCAAACAAGCCAGCGGCUUGAAGGCCAUGGACCUGGGAGGAAGCUCAGACCCAUAUGUCAAAGUCUACAUUUGCCCUGACAAAUCCAAAACCUGUGAGACCAAAGUAUUCAGGAACACUCUGAAUCCCAUCUUCAAUGAACAAUUCCACUUCCAGAUAUCCAAGUCUUCACUCCUGAAGUCAACUUUGGUGAUGCAGGUGUUUGACUUCAACAGAUUCUCCAAACACAACAUCAUUGGUGAACUCAGGUUGCAACUCUGCAACGUCGACUGGAACCACGUCAUUGAAGAGUGGCUGGAUCUCACUGAGCCUGCCAAGUUUGAGGAUGAGAACCUGGGGGAGCUCUGCUUCUCUCUGCGUUAUGUUCCUACCGCCAGCAAACUAACUGUUGUGAUCCUGGAGGCCAAAAACCUGAAGAGCAUGGACAUUGGAGGAAGUUCAGAUCCUUAUGUGAAAGUGCAGUUGGCUCUGGACAAGAGAAAGUGGAAGAAAAGGAAGACCUCUGUUAAGAAGAAGACUCUGAACCCUUAUUACAACGAGUCCUUCACCUUUGAUGUGUCCUUUGACCAAAUCCAGAGGGUGAACCUGGUGAUCUCGGUCUGGGACCAUGAUGCCAUGACCCGUAAUGACCCCAUAGGGAAGAUCUUUCUGGGCUGCGACGCCACAGGGAACCAGCUGAGGCACUGGGCUGACAUGUUGUCCAACCCACGGCAGCCGGUUGCCCAGUGGCACAACCUGCUGUCGGCCGAGCAGGUCAAUUCCACUCUGACCCUGAAAAAGAAGAUUCCCCUCGCCAGCAAACUGCCCUUCUGAAGGGAAACAGCAGCACCAAGACAUUUCAAAUACAUCAGUAUGGGAAGAUUGCAAUAUAGUUUUUAGGUAUACUAUGCAGGAUUUUCAGUCGCAGUGUAGAAACACAUUAUUCAGAGUCGACCUCAGCAGCAGCGGCGGUCGAGUGACUUGAAGGAGCAUCGUUAGCAACAACAAAGAGAAGAGAAAUAAAACAAACAAUGUCAUGUAAGGACAGACAGGGACAGCUUGAAGGACUUUUUGCUACUGCUUAUCUGUUCCAUCCUCAUACGUUAUUGGAUGGAGGGCAAAUGCACCUAAUUGUGAAGAAAACAUGGAGACACAGGCAGAAUGGAGAGUAUGGACAUGGAGGGUGAGGACAGGGUCUCUGCACCACACGCUUCCAGAGACUUGUGAAUGAAGACUGAGACAAAUUACUUUCUACAUGUUGUUUUUGAGAAAAUUCCUGUGUAGAAUACCUCUCUAUCUGACUGAACAUUUGAAUAUUUUACACUUAAGAUUAAUAUUUCAUUUUUUGGUAUUAAACUCAGUUAAUUUCAAACCUGAGCUCUUCAUCCUGUCCACAAACACAAUACAAACAUCAAAUGAUUCCUCUCCAUUAAGAGGUAAAACAUGCUGUUGGGGGGGCAAACAGAGAUCGAGAGAGAGAUGGAGGGAGGUUUGGUUUCAAAAUCCUUUCAUUAAACCAUUAACCAGACUUCACUGUGAUCUAAAUGUAGCAUAUAAGCAAGGCUACUGAAGCUAUAUUUAAUGUUUAGCUUAAUGGUAUGAUAGACUAAUAUAAUCAGAAGACAUGGUUCAGCUCAGGGAGAAGUUGUUGCAGUACAUAAAACACACAUACACCAUGUAGAUUUGUUUGGCACCUUAUAUUAACAAUAAAUGACAAACAUACAUACAACAACCAAUAACCCCUGAUAUUUUUUUUAUAUAUUUUUUUGUUAUAUAGAUAUUUUAUUAUUUAGUUUUUUUUUAACACUUUAUCAGUUGCAACAAAUAGUCAUAGAAACAUCAACUAAGGAACAUAAUACAGCCCAGGAAGUGGCACCCACCACCCUGGGUACCAGAUUGGCAACACACAGUUAGCACAGUCCUUUAAGUGUAAUGGUCCAUGGGCAAUUGUGCAUGUGUGUGAGUGAGUGAGAAGGUGUGGGGGGAGGACUGGGCUGCAGCAGUUUCCUACCAGACCGUCAGGAAAAAGCUGGCUAAAGGUUCUUCAACUCCAGGCAGUUCAGUAGCUCGCCAUCAAUUUAUCACCACAACUGGUGAACCUGGCCUGUAUCAAAUAAAAACAGGACCAUUUUAAUUACAAGAUCACAUGUAUGUGAUAUGUUCCAGUGUACACCAUAAAUAAUAAAUUCAAAUAAAUUCUACUUACAUUAACUGAACACAACACUGUUUAAAUACAAUCGGAAAUGCAGUAGAAAUAAUACCAAAUACAAUAUAAUACAAAAUACCAUUGUGACAGAGUAGCACCAGCAUAAACUACCGCAUACAAGGGCUGUGCUAGCAUAAUUAAGCUGGAUGCUAACUAUGUUAACAUGCAUUAACAAAUCACAAAGCGAGGCUGCUGUAGAGGCUAGUUUUAUGGGGCAGCAGUGAUCAUAAAAUCAGCCCAACCAUUUACAGAGGGAGAAAAGGCAACCAUUUUUAAAUGUGAGCCUGAGCAGAAACACCGUUGCUGAUCGUGUAAAUCAGCUUGCCACCAGUCAACAACAACAGCUGAUGGGAAAGGGAAAAGAUUUCAUUGCAUACUCCCUCGCUGUGGAUGAUAGCAACAACACUUAUACUGCCCAGCUGUCAGUCUUUAUCCGUGGAGUGGGUUCAAGUCUGUGCAUAACAGAGGAACUUUUGGGAUUAUUCUCAAUGCACAGCACAACUACGGGAAGGGAUAUCUUUCAGGAGGUAUCCAAAUGUGUGAAUGAAAUAGGGCUGUUUUGGGAUAAACUUGUGGGCCUGACUACAGAUGAAGCACCUACGAUGUGUAGUCAAAAGAGUGGAUUGGUUGGCAGGAGAAGAUGUGGGAGGAAAGCGGCACAGGUGAGCUGACAACUUGUCACUGCAUCAUUCACUGGGAAUUACUGUGCAGCAAAUCCUUGAAAAUGGAACAUGUUAUGAGCACCAUAACACAAGCAGUUCUGGUUUUUCUUUGAAGUAAAUGAAUUCCUGUCUGUUGUUGGCCUGUAGAUAAAAAAUGUUUUCACUUUAAAUUACUCUGGAAACACUGCAUAAAAAGCUAUAAGACAUGUAUGCAGCAACUUUUAUUUAAUGAUUGAUGUUAUAGGAAAUACCUUCUGUGCAGUGUUCGGGUUCAAUAUAUUCAACAAGAUCAUUUCAAUUUGUUUUCAAUAAACACUAAACCAGUCUAUCCCUCGACUUGGAGCAUUUUUUAAAUUUUGGCCCACUAUGUAU